GUUCACAGAUGUAAACAAUUGAAUUUAUUAAAUCAAUAAAUAGGUACAAAAGUUUGUAAAUACAGUAGAAAUCUCAAUUAUAUGCAGUGAAAUAUGCACAUCACCAACAUGACCCAACCGAACGGUGAAAGCAGUCAAAACUCAAAUCUCUACAUGCGCCUGCAGCAAUCGCAAAACAUGCGAGCCAACAUUCAGAACAUCUCGCAACUGCUGAACACUGGCCUGAGCCCGGAAGCGCUGGACAUAUGCGUGAAACUACUCGAAACCGGUGUCCAUCCGCAAGCUCUGGCCGAAGUGGUUACACAGAUCCGUCGCGAAAUGGCAGCCCUCGAAACGGAUACGCAGUGAUUCCCGUCUUUUCCCCUGAAGGACAUUCUUUCCAUGAUAAUGUAAAAUUCUACUUGUUGAAUAAUAUAGAGCUUUGAAAGCAUGUA